CACUGAUGCAGCUUUUAUUGUUUUCUAAAUAAUUCAAAUUGUGUGACGCGAGAUUUUUUUGCAAUAACCGAUACAAUCAUAAAAAACAAAUCCUAAGUGUACCAAGCUCGUGAGCGCAAAAUUAUAAAACAACGCAACGUUACUGAUGUGCUUUGGAAUACUACGUACUAUAGAAGUCUGAAAUUUGUGCGCAUAAAAUUAUCCAAUUAAAAAAAGCACCGAAAAAGCGACAUAAUUAAUUGAUUUGGGAUUAGAUCGUCCCCCACACAUUUUGAUCCAGUCACUGGUCAGACUGCAUAAAAGGGGCUACACCCAGGUCUCAGCGUGCCUUGGAAAGGAAGCUCUUCGACGAUUAUCUGCCGCCUUUUGAUCUGGAUAUGUGGAGCGACAAAUGGUGGUGGAACAGUCGCAUUGGGGAUCAAAUCAAGCACGUCAAUAACUUCAUGAACAGCUCUUUGAUUGGUACUCAUGAACUUGGAUCGUCAACUCUCAGGGCUCACAAUAUCCUCUGCCGAUGCUGUUUUUGGCUUAUCAAAAAAUUUCUGGAGCACAUUAUUCGAAUCGUUGUACCUGCCCUCCUGGGAACAAUACUGCGGGCGCCCAUGGUACGACAACGACCAAUUCCAAGCCACCAUCGAUGUGCAGGACUUCAAGCCCGAAGACAUCGAUAUCAGAGUAGACGACAACGUCAUCACUGUGGAAGGCAAACACGAGGAGGCUCGCGAGAAGCAAGACGAGUACCGUCGUGAACGUAACGCGGCUUACAAACACUUCUUGAAGAGGUAUUACUUGCCCUACGAGUACGAUAACAACAGGGUGGAAAGCAGACUCUCCUCAGAUGGUUUCCUGACUGUCACAGCUCCCAAGAAGGGUGUGUGGGUGCCCUGGAAGAUCAGUACCGACAGGCGCAUCCCUAUAAGUUAUGGCUCCAGGACCUACACUAGCAGGCCAUGGCUGAAGAAGCUGUCAUGGAAAUAAAGCCGCUGUUUUCUUCAAUGAUGCAAAAUAUUAACCAUUGUUGUUUUUCCAAUACUAACUAUACUUGUUGUUAAUAUAGCAUGCAGGUCACAGAUAUAGUGUAGCUAUGCAGAAAAGUAUUUAUUGUUGAAAUGUUCAAAAAAUUGUUAAUAAAAAAGCACAUACUAA